AUGUGGAAAUUCCAAAUGAAAAUUCUUCUGGCUUCUGGAGAAGCAUGGGACGUGGUGCAAGGCCACGCGAACAAACCGGAGAGGCCCAGAGGAGAAAAUCAAGCAGAGGUAACAGAAUACCAAAAGAAGCUAAAAGCAUGGGUAAAAACGGAUAGCACAGCUCAGAAACUCUUAAUAUUGAACGUAAGUGAGCAAUCAAUGUUACACUUAGCAAAUUGUGAAAAUGCCAAAGAGAUGUGGGACAAACUCGUGUCUGUAUAUGAAGGCAAAAACGCUACUAGCAAGCACAUGCUGCAGGCGAAAUGGUUUGCGUUAACAAAGGAUCCGCAGGAUGAUAUUUUGUCCUACAUAGCAAAAAUAGAAGAUAUUAGCCACAGAUUAAAGGCACUGGGAGAACCGGUGACGGAAAGCAUGAUAAUAACAAAAAUCUUGCUGACACUGCCUUCAAGCCUGAAUCAUUUUGCAUGCGCAUGGGAAUCUUUAAAUGAAGAACAAAGAACGCUGGCAAAUUUGACGUCAAGAUUAAUGAUAGAGGAAGCCAGGACAAACAUACAGGAUAAAACUACCGAUAGCGCUCUAACAGUGAAAGCACGAAGAGGUCAAAGAAGCAAGGUUAAUGAGCAAAUUAAGCCAAAACACAGGACCGGAGAAUACUUUAAAUGCGGAAAGAAAGGGCACUGGAAAAGCAAGAGUCAAAGAAAUGGAAAGGCAGAAGAAGAAAGCGAGGCUCUAAUAGGAGAAGAAGAAAUAACGAGGAAACUGAUGAAGAAAAGUGGUAUUUAG